AUGAUGUUUCUUAUUCUUUGUUUUCUUCAUUUGAAUAGGGCAGAGAAAAGUGGAGCGAGUUUGAAAAUUGAAGGCGAUUUUGAAAAUGGCUGUGUUGAAAGUUUCAGUCUUUCAACGCCCUUCGAUGAGCUUCAAACCUUCCAAAAAUCUGCCGAAACCGAUUUCUACUGUAAAUAUAGCUCACCAAAUGGGAAACUCUUCAUUUUGCUCGAGGAUUCUUCUAUCGACGGAUUUUUGUCGAACUUCACGAUCUCUGGCUUCGCCAAAAACUUAAUCUGGACCCAACUUGGCCCUGAAAAAUACCUCAAUCCGGCUGGAGAAGAAUCAGUUUUUCCCGUAACGAAAAAAGUUCGAACCGGUUUCGGCGAAAAUUUGCACCUAAAAGUCGCGUUCGUCAUUUUCGACGAUGUCGUCGAGUACCACAUGCGAAAACACAAGAUGGAGGAUCUCAAAGAAGGGCGAAAAAAGAUCGCGAAGAUUUUCAACACGAUCGUGAGGGACGAAAUGCGACGGGACUUCAAAGAGUUGAAUCUGGACUUUCACUUGUUGGACAUCAAGUUUUUGUCGAGCGAAGAAGCGGAGCGGAUUUUGACGAAAUGGAGCGCGGAGAAAUCAUUGAACGAUUUCAAUUCUUUUCAAAGGCGCGAAUUGUACGAAUCAUUUCCUCAAAAAUACGAUGCCAUCGUCGGUUUCAUCAACACAAAGUUCUUCCAACCCAUGGUUGUCGGAUACGCCUACACUGGCACAGUUGGAAAUGUUCUUGGAAGAACCAGCAUGGCCGGCAUCAUCGACUCAUGCAGAAACUAUCAGUCCAUUGCGCUAACGGCGACUCACGAAAUCGGCCACAUUUUGGGACUGAGUCACGAAGACGAUCGGCAACACGCGGGAACUUGCAACGAUCCGGCGGGGUGCAUCAUGAGUGCUGUUCAUGGAAGCAAAAGCGACUACGAAUGGUCCGAAUAUGCGAAGAAAUACGCGAGGGAGAACUUGAACAGGGUCGAAAGCUUGUUUGAAAAGCCAGAAAAAGUGUUUGGCGAACCGGUUUGCGGAAACGGCGUGGUCGAGGAAGGAGAAGACUGCGACUGCGGACAGCCAAUCUGUCCUUGUUGCGACUCCUGCCGGAAACCUCUCUCUGCUGAGUGUACCGAUGGUCAAUGCUGUGAUCUUGAAACAUGCGAGUACAAGAAAUCCUCUUCUCUCUGCCGGGAAAGUACGAAUUCCUGCGAGCCAGAUCUCUACUGCUCUGGAAAGGAUUCUUACUGCCCCGUCGCGACUUUUUUCAGAAAUGGAUACGAAUGCGGAAGAAAAAAGUAUUGCUACGAAGGCGAGUGCAAAAAAGAGCGAAAGAUAGAAGACGAGGAUGUCGAGCUUCCAGAAGGAUACGAAGAUGAUUUUUGCGAUCAAACUUGCCACGACGAGACGAUUUGCGUUUUCGAUGGAUUUAGUCCGAAAUGCAUGUUUUACAUUCCAGAAGAUGUCUGCUCAUCAAGGGGAGAGCCGUUGACAAAUAAUAAAUGCUCCUGCGAAUGCGGCUAUACCGGGGAAAAUUGCGAAGAGAAAGAGUUUUGCAAGUGGAAAUUCAUUCUUUGGUUCUGCUUCGGCGCCGCGAUUUUCUUGAUUAUCCUCGCGCUUGGCGUCUUCGUCUACUUGAAAUUCUUCCGAAAGAGUGACAAAGAAACAAGUUCCACGCCUUUCCAACAAACAAAUCGAUCAGAAGCUCAAAUCAACUAUCAAUCUGGUCGUCCCUCUCGCCCUGCUCCUCCUGUCCCGUCCGCUCCCGCUGUUUCGAACGCCUUUCAGUGGCCCGCCCCUCCAAAACCCACAUUCCCGCCUCUACCGCCGCAAAUUUCCAGUGCAAUCGUAACUCCCAGUCCGAAGCCAAAGCCGAAAAUCGCAAAGAAACCGAACAAGAACACGAGUUCUUACGAUUUUUCUUAA